AUGGCUGAGCUGCAAACGGCAUCUGCCAUUUGUGGCAUUGUACGAACGACAUGGCAAACGAUAGAACUUUCCAGAGACAUAUUCCGAGCCCCAGAGGACGCUCAGAUGCUCUGGGGGCGCACCAAGUCUACAUAUCAACUGAUGCAAUGCCUCGACGCUGUCAUCAAACUGAGAAGAGAGAAUGCUGUUGACAAUACGAGACCACUCAGUGCCAGCAUUGUUCUCGUCAUCGAAGGCGCCGCCAAGAACUGUCAGCAGGUAUUGCAGAAGCUGGCAGAUAAAUGCAUCCAACUUGGGGCACAUCAACACAUAACAAGGGGCAAGACCGUGAAGGAAAGUGUGUCAUUCGCGUUAUCCGCAAAGUCGAUUCAAAAGUUCGAGACAAACCUGAUAUUCGCUACCCAGAUGGUGAAGUUUGCGCUGGAACUACUGAACAACGCCGAUAGAAUAACCGAUAGAGUGGACACAUCUGUACGAUUCGAUAUCAUCGAAGCACUGUUGCGACAACUAGUAGCCGAUCGGGGUCUCAUACUAGACAAUCAAGAGAAGGACCACACUCUGCCUUCUAAAUCUAGCACGACGACUCGUAAGCGCCUUGACUCAGGAGUGGGGCUCGAAGAAGAUGCUAGAAGCACUGCGCCAAAUAUUGAGAAGACACUAUCGACUAGUAUAGGCGAGGAGGGCCAACUCAUGUCCGAAAAUCUUCUAAAAUUUGCGGAGCAGAUCAACGUGAGCUUCGGCGAUUUUCAUCCACAUGUACCUAAAGAGUACGGAAACAAUGCAAACCCGACUCCCUUGAGAGCGAACGAUGACGACGAUGUGAACGAAUUGCAUACACUUGAGAGCUGUCGCACCAACUUUAGCUUGUUGGGAGCGAUCGAAGAACGGUCACCAGAGAAGUGUGAGGCACUACUCAGCCGGGAAUGCGAGGUGAACAAAAGAAACGAAGAAGGACUCACUGCAUUCAUGUGCGCAGCAGCCUGUGAACAUGGAGAUGCAUGUGAGUCUUGUCUCAGGUGCAUGAAGAUGCUUGUCGACCAUGGUGCUGAUCUCGAUCAAACCCACGAAGAAAAGUCUGCGCUGCACUUGUCGGUGAAACAUGGGAAUCUCCAAAUCGCGAAGUGGCUGGUCGAAAGCUCUGCCGAGAUUGAGGCUUCAUCCCCUCGUACACCUUUAUUUCUUGCCGUAAAGUACAACAGACCAACUUUUGUGGAUCUCCUCGUUUCGGCGGGCGCAAACGUCAAUGUGCUCGAUGAGCACAACUGGAGCCUCAUACAUUACGCCGUAAAUAGGAACUGCAAGGCCGCUCUACUCGAGCUAUUACAAAGCGCCAAGUCCAAAGGCAUCGACUUGGAUGUCAAUGGUCGCUGCGAAAUGACUUGGACCCCGUUGAUGCAUCUCGCAGAGGUAUCGGACAAGGAAGAAAACGUUCAACUGGCUGGGAUCCUGAUUAAACACGGCGCCAAGGUCGAUGCCACGGACGGAAAUGGAUAUACGGCGUUGUGGUACGCUGUGCAAGGACGGUUUUCUGCAGCAAGAAAUCGGUUUGUGUUUGAGCUGUUGCGGAAAGGUGCGGAUGAUGCGAUUGUGAAGAAGAAGGCGCCAAAGAAGAUAGCGGUUUUUGGCGCUUUUAAGACGUGGAAAUUGUCGACCGUGUCUCGAUGA